UUGUGGCAGACCGUCUCAAGCAGCUUCUUGAUCUUAGUCAAGAAACCUGGAGCAGACGUUAGCAAGCGUGCAACAUAAGACUAAUCUCUCCUGGCUGGCGGACAACGUACCAAUAUGAUAAACCGGUGUGGCAAGCUCAAUAUGUCCGAAAUGACCAGGACACUCCUUCUGGCCUUCCUCACAAGUUUCACAGUUCCAUUGCCGAUCAAUUGUUCCCAAGCGUGGAUCGUUCAAACCCUUUGUGCGCGGCCGUUGCCGUUGAUCGUCCUGUUUGUUGUGUUACCGCGUUAGCGUUUUGCCACGUUCAGUCGGUGUGAGCGGCACUUCAGGAA